UCAAUGUUCUUGUUCGUUUUUUUGACAAUGAGGAAAAUGCUGUUAAAACGCAACACCUCGCUAGUCGAAAAAUGAACAUAGCCAAUGCUGCAGCACUUACCCAGGAAUUGAAGGAUGUGCUGCAGUCCUAUGGUUUAGGGCUGCAGCAGGUGACCAGUAUUUUACUGGACAAUUGUGCGGUUAUGCGGGGAAAGAAGUCCGGUCUCGAGACACAGUUGCGCAGGGAGAACCCGCACCUGCUGGAUAUAUCUGGCGACACAGUCCAUAUGGUUUCUAACGGUGCAAAAGCCAUGAUGAGCCCUUUCAAGGCAGAGGUGGAAGAUUUCUGCUCGGAUGUGUUUUAUGACAUAGAGAAGUCUCCGAAACAGAAAGAAAUAUUUUCGGAAUUCCAGAGAUUACUCCAUCUUACACCGAAGAGCUUGAUCAGGCCCAUCAGUAACAGGUUCCUGCAGAUGUUGGAGGUGUGCAAUAGGGUGAGAGAACUCCUGGAUGUCCUGAUUGUGCACUACUACAACCUACUGGAUCCGGGCGAAGAGCAUAAAUACAGGUGUCCUUCCAACAUUUCAGGCAUUUCUGAAAAAACUGCAACAUGAGAAACCAAUGGUGCACUUGUUGCAUGUUGAAAUGUUGGCACUGGUAAGAGAGCUGCUAAGCAAAUUCAUGAAGCCAGGAGCUAUCCCCCUGAGUGUCAAAGAGAUCCUCAAGAUCAAUGUACGGGAUGCAGCGUUACAGCUGCCUAACAAAUCCCUGUGUGUUGGAAAAUAUGGAUACUCUGCCUCUUCCGUGUGGCGAAGACACUGUGGGUUGGAAACUUGUACAACUCCCUCAGAGAGGGCUACAUGAAGGCAGCAGAGUUUCUACUCAAAAACCUUCCCCUCGACAACCACAUGGUCACCUCACUCUCGGCUCUGACCCCAUCCCUCAUACAGUGUGACUCCUUAGGUUCAGCAUUCAUGGCAUUAGGGAAGGCCUUGCCUAAUGUGGUUCCACCUGAAGCACUCGGCCCACUGCGGGAGGAGGUUCGUGCAUACCAAAUAGAUGCUGACCUGGUACCUCUGGCCAAUACCUAUGUUGAAGAAAACAGCCGAGUGGAUGUGGACUGGUGGAGUCAGGUGGCACUUCUAAGAAAUUCAGAAAGAGGUGUGAGAUACCCAACCCUGAUCAAACUUGUGAAAGCCCUUCUUUCAAUUUUCACAGGCCCGCUGGUGGAGGGGUCUUUCAACAUAAUGGAUGACAUACUGGAGGCAGACAGGUGCAGGAUGAAUGUGGAAACGUAUGAGAGCCUCGCCAUAAUUAAGUCAACAAUGAAAGCCAGGAAGUGGACGGCCUCAACAAUGUUAAUUGACCAGCCUUUAAGGAAUUCUUGCCUUUCCUCCUAUAAAACAUACCAACUCCACCUAGAGAAAAAGAAGGCAAGAGAACAGGGAAUGAGGGAGAAAAGGAUGAGUGAGGCCAUGAGGGUGAGGUCUACAGCGGUGGCAAACAGAAUAGUGACCCAGGCGAAGAAAUCAAAAGGGCCAUCCUCUUCCUCCACUAGGCCAGCUGCCUCACCUAGACCAACCAGACCUUCACCAAAGACCAUCUCCUCUGCAAAAACAAGACCUUUUCGACCCACUGGGCCCUCCACCACCUCCUCUGGGGCAGCUAAAAAGCCAUCCAGCUCCUCCUCUGGGCCCUCUGCCUCCUCGUCUGGGGCAACUAAUAAGCCUUCCGCCUCCUCAUCUGGGCCCUCUGCCUCCUCAUCUGGGCCCUCUGCCUCCUCAUCUGGGCCCUCUGCCUUCUCAUCUGGGCCCUCUGCUUCCUCAUCUGGGCCCUCUGCCUCCUCCUCUGGGCCAUCCACUGCAUCCUCUGGGCAACCAAAGUUAUUUUCUCUGUUUCAUGGUCCAGCCAAGAAAUCCUCUUCAAUAGCCUCAACUACCUCUGGAAAAAGGAAGAGUUCGGAUGACUCAGAACCCGGAAAAAAGAGGAAAAAAUAGAGCACUUUGUUUCAUUUUUUGAAUCUAGUUUUGAUAACUUAAACCCCACUAAAAAGUACUUUGGAGAUACAAAUGCACUUUGUUUAUUUCUUUCUAUUUGAUUUAAGUUAUCAUUUCAUGUAGGAGUUAAUGUUUUUGAUUACUUGUUUUGAUAUUACUUGAUAUAACUUUCUAUUGGUUUUAUUAACAUCUGUGUAUUUAAUUUGCCAUUUUAUUUCUGAUGAACAAAGUUCAAAGUUAUUGAAAUGUUGAAAUUGUUGAAUUAUUUGAUUUAUUAAAACUGUUUGAAAAGUAAA